CGGCACAAAAAGGACGAGGGCGGGAACAUUUCAGGAAGUUGGGGCGUGUUCUGUGGCCCGAGUUUGGUCUUAGGGUCGGAGCAGCAGAUUCGCUCCGGUGGCGUGGUUGGAGUUGACUCGACCAAGAGAAAGGAUUUGCGGGAGACGUUCGCCAUUAGUGACGAAAAGGCGUUAAAAGGGACGGUAUUAAUCUCCCGCUGCGGCUCCUGCCCAUUCCCUUCUUCGGCCUUUUCCUCUAGGAAAUGAAUGUGCUGCCGCAACUUGAGAGCCCAGUGACUCGGCAGGAGAAGAUGGCGACCGUGUGGGAUGAAGCUGAGCAAGAUGGAAUUGGAGAGGAGGUGCUUAAGAUGUCCACGGAAGAGAUCAUCCAGCGCACACGGCUUCUAGACAGCGAGAUCAAGAUCAUGAAGAGUGAAGUGUUACGGGUCACCCAUGAACUUCAAGCCAUGAAAGACAAGAUCAAAGAAAACAGUGAGAAAAUCAAAGUGAACAAGACCCUGCCAUACCUAGUCUCCAAUGUUAUCGAGCUGCUAGAUGUUGAUCCCAAUGACCAAGAAGAGGAUGGUGCCAAUAUCGACCUGGACUCUCAAAGGAAGGGAAAGUGUGCAGUGAUCAAAACCUCCACACGACAGACAUACUUCCUACCUGUGAUUGGGUUGGUGGAUGCUGAAAAGCUGAAGCCGGGAGACCUGGUGGGUGUGAACAAAGACUCCUAUCUGAUCCUGGAGACUCUGCCUACAGAGUAUGACUCACGGGUGAAGGCCAUGGAGGUGGAUGAGAGGCCCACGGAGCAAUACAGUGACAUCGGGGGCCUGGACAAGCAGAUCCAGGAGCUGGUGGAAGCCAUUGUCCUGCCGAUGAACCACAAAGAGAAGUUUGAGAACUUGGGGAUCCAACCUCCAAAGGGGGUGCUGAUGUAUGGGCCCCCAGGUACAGGGAAGACACUGCUGGCCCGGGCCUGUGCUGCACAGACCAAGGCCACCUUCCUCAAGCUAGCUGGCCCCCAGCUGGUACAGAUGUUCAUUGGAGAUGGUGCUAAGCUGGUUCGGGAUGCUUUUGCCCUGGCCAAGGAGAAGGCACCAUCCAUCAUCUUUAUUGAUGAGCUGGAUGCCAUUGGCACCAAGCGCUUUGACAGUGAGAAAGCCGGGGACCGGGAGGUGCAGAGGACCAUGCUGGAGCUUCUAAACCAGCUGGAUGGCUUCCAGCCCAAUACCCAAGUAAAGGUAAUUGCAGCCACUAAUAGGGUAGACAUCCUGGACCCUGCCCUGCUCCGUUCAGGUCGCCUGGACCGCAAGAUCGAGUUCCCUAUGCCUAAUGAGGAGGCCAGGGCCAGAAUCAUGCAGAUUCAUUCCCGGAAGAUGAACGUCAGUCCUGAUGUGAACUACGAGGAGCUGGCCCGCUGCACUGAUGACUUCAAUGGCGCCCAGUGCAAGGCUGUGUGUGUGGAGGCGGGCAUGAUCGCGCUGCGCAGGGGUGCCACCGAGCUCACCCAUGAGGACUACAUGGAGGGCAUCCUGGAGGUUCAGGCCAAGAAGAAAGCCAACCUGCAGUACUAUGCCUAGGGGCCCCAGGCCCAACCCUUAGUGCUGCUGGUUAGAGUUUGUAAUAAAAGAUGGUUUGGCUCACUGCC